AUGAAUCUGAACUACACGUCCCCGGUCCCUCAGAUGCCUGCCCAGAGGUCAACGUCGUUUUUCAUCGAAGACAUUUUACUGCAUAAACCCAAACCUUUGAGAGAGGUGUUUCACACGCCGUUUUCCAGCUCACUAGCAUCCCGGAUGCCACUUCUAGAAUAUGGAUAUCCCCUGAUGCCAACCCCGAUACUAGCGCCCCAUCCUCACCAUCCUCUUCACAAACCCGAACAUCACCCUUAUUUCUUUACCUCGGGCAUGCAAGUCCCGGCUUUAUUUCAACAUCAUCCAGAGAUGCCUGGCAAACACUGCAGACGCAGAAAGGCCCGGACUGUCUUCUCGGACUCUCAGUUAUCUGGGCUGGAAAAGAGGUUUGAAAUUCAGCGUUACCUUUCGACCCCGGAACGAGUGGAGUUGGCCACAGCUUUAAGUCUCUCAGAAACCCAGGUUAAAACUUGGUUUCAAAAUAGAAGGAUGAAGCAUAAAAAACAGCUAAGAAAAACGCAGGACGACCAGAAAAAUCCAAAUGACUUGCACCGAUCCUUGGAAAGUGAAAACGAAAGCAGUGAGAAAAAAUUGGAAGAGGUUAAAACUGCAAUGAACCAGGACUCAUACAUGCUCGAAGAAAAUGAAGAUGAUGUCGAUAUUGAAGAUGAUGAUAUUUGCUCCCCGGAACAGCUAUUAUAA